UCUUCGAGUGCGGGUUAGUGAACAGUGUGAGAUCGCGACUCGUGAUUCACUUGAAAAUACCAAUAAAACGAGCAAGCAUAAACGUUAAAUUAUAAAACAUGUGGAAUAUCGUGUUCUACUUGGGACUUGUCGACGCCGUAGUUUACGUCGCAAGCGCUAGGAGCGACAAAAUCGUCCCGCUACUAAAUAUCACCGCAGUGGAGGGUGGCGCCGUGGAAUUACCCUGUGACAUUACACCCACGGGACCUGAUUCGCUAUCCAUGGUGCUCUGGUUCAAGGAUGAAACAGACGGUAGACCACUGUACACCGUCGACGUACGUGGGAAAGUGCUUAGCGAAGCGGAUCACAUGUCCGACAGAAGAGUCUUUGGUACAAGGGCUUAUUUCCGCACAGGCGUUUCGAGCCCUGCGGUUCUUGCUCUCGACGACAUCAAACGGCACGACGCAGCGAUUUAUCGAUGCCGAGUCGAUUUCGGUCAGGGCCAAACGAGGAAUUUCCGGUACAACCUUUCCGUCAUUGUUCCUCCUGAACAGCCGGUGAUUUUAGACAGGUGGAGCAGAAUUUUAAACGGAACAGUCGGGCCGUACGAGGAGGGCGACGAUCUGACGCUGACUUGUCGAGUGACGGGUGGUACCCCGCAACCAAAAAUCAGCUGGUUCGUCAACGGAAAUUUCAGAAACGAGGAAUACGUCAAGGACGCUGGAGAUGUCAUCGAAUAUAAAUUGGUCGUGAAAUCGUUAACGAGGGCUGACCUGGGAACGAACUUCACGUGUCAGGCAUCGAACACUCAUCUUAUCGAACCCAAAAGAUACACAGUCACGUUGGACCUCAAUUUAAAACCAUUGUCAGUCGUCAUUAAGAGGCCGGGGCUGCGCGGAACCGAGGGAGAAUCGUUGAAAGCUGGGCAGCGGUACGACCUCGAGUGCGACACAACCGGCUCCAGACCACCGGCGAUCAUAACUUGGUACAAGGGCAAGAGAUCGUUGAAGCACAUAAGGGAGGAACGGAGCGAAAACCGUACGAUAAGCAGAGUAGAAUUCGUGCCCGGAAAAGACGACGACCGGAAACUCGUGACCUGCCGAGCCGAAAAUCCGAACGUGACAGGACUCUACCUCGAGACCUUCUGGACCAUCGACGUCGUGUAUCCACCGGUCGUAUCGCUGAGUCUUGGCUCAACCCUUAAUCCCGAGGACAUCAAGGAAGGCGAUGAUGUUUAUUUCGAGUGUCAUAUUAAAACGAAUCCACCGAGAUCAAGGCUCACGUGGAUGCACAACGGUGAUAUACUGACUCACAAUCAGUCAGCGAGAAUCAUACAGUCGAAUCAGAGCCUCGUAUUGCAGAGCGUGACUCGUGGGAGCGCCGGAUUUUACGUUUGCUCCGCCACGAAUGCACUCGGUGAAACUCGAAGCGAGCCACUCCAUCUACGUGUUAAAUUCUCGCCGAUGUGCAAGGAAGAUCGAAUUAUAGUGGUGGGAGCAUCGCGCGGCGAGUCCCUCAACAUAAGCUGCAAAGUUGAGGCGGAUCCACCGGUGCGAAACUUUCGUUGGAAAUUCAACAACAGCGGGGAGACGCUCGAAGUGUCCCCGAGGAGGUUCACAAUACCGUCACCAGGCGAGCCGGACGGGGUUAGCGUAUUGAAAUACACGCCGGCCACCGAGCUCGAUUAUGGCACACUUUCGUGCUGGGCGAACAACGAGAUUGGCACACAAUCGAGACCGUGUCUCUUCCAGAUCGUUGCAGCCGGCAAACCAUUCCCGGUCCGGAAUUGCACGCUUGCCAAUCAAACGUACACGAGUGUCGAGGUGAAAUGUGUGCCCGGUUACGACGGAGGAUUACCGCAGAAAUUCGUUUUAGAAGUUUAUCACGGCGAUCUCGACUUUUUGCCGAGUAUAAGACCGCUCUACAACGUUUCCGCGCUCGAAGAACCGGUCUUUGCACUUUCAGGACUGGAAGCAUCGGUGGACGCUGGCGUUCACGUUGCUAUAUACGCGGUCAACGCAAAAGGGCGAAGCCAGUCAGUCAUCCUCGGAGAAGUGACUUUCCGAGAUGCCGAAAAACGUACGGGACAAGACGCGGGCAUAGUUCUGUCGCCGUUGAUAGGAAUGAUAGUCGGCGCUCUCGUCACCCUCGUGCUCAUCGUUCUCGCGGUUGUGGUACGAGCCAGGCGCGAAAGAAUCUCGAAGCCGCGCAACGAAAAAGCAGCCGAAUUGAGAGAAAUACCGACUCAACAGUAUCCACUACAAACGCCCCAACAAACCGUGGAGACGGACCCGGAUGUCAUUCCUAACAAAUUCGAAGGUAACCUCGUCGAAGUGAGUCCACCGAGUUACACAGGUGGCGGAUAUCCCUCGGGACAUUGGGUGACCCCGGGUCCAACGCCGAGUAUAGACGAGCUGUGUCACAAGUUUACAGGAAGGCCGACGGAGCUGAGGCUACCGUCGAGGAGCACGAUACCAUCUUUGCCAAACUCGGGGUUAACCGGUGUCGUGGUUGGAGCGGGUCAACUUGUCAUUGCUGGCGAGUGUCUCGACGGGGAAGCGAUCAAACAACGCUUAAUGGCCAACAGACUUCCCGAGAGUUGCGUCUAAGACAACUUCGAGAUUGCAAGAUUAUAGAAAUACGUUUGUCAGCCCGGACAAAGCUUCGAGAAUGAAUUACUGCCACGAAUAAUCAUCGAGAUAUGCUAAUUUACAAACCUCGAAUAACUCUGAGCCUGGGAAUGGGGCGAGGGGGGAAAUCCACAUAGGAUUUUCUUCCUUAAACUCUCGAAAUAUGGAGCUCAACUUAUUCAAAGUUCAGAUUCGUGGGAUCUCGAAGACAACGAUCCCAGAGAAACGUUCUAAUCCGACGAGAAUGGUUAAUUAACGGUGGAUUUCGAGGGUGCAAAUCUCAAGUCCACCAAACGUCAAUUCUUUUAUCUUCCGAUCAGCGGAAACGAGCAGUGACAUUUUCGUCGCGUUACUUCGCUGUGCGCUCGAACCGUUAAAGCAGCUCGAAUGAUGCAAAGAUAUUCAUGAGAGCGAGAGGCGUUAUUGCUGGGAAAAUAGGCUUGGAUGAGACAACGAAAACGAUUGAAAGUAACGAACGAUUCUUUUGUUCAAUCCUAAGAGAAAUACAGAAACGAUGAAUGGAGCAACGGGAAAGGUUAUGAAAACGGAGGGACGAGCUGUUUGGCACAGGCAGAGAGUCCGGAAAGUAAAAUUAACUGAUAUUUCGAUUAGAAAUAUGAAAGUUGUUUCCAUCUGAUCGUCUUUGCAGCUUUUCCUUCUUCAUUUUCCUUGACUUCUCCAACUUUUCUCAACUUUUAUAUUCAUCUUUUAUUUCUGUGUCCGGAAAGAAUGAGCGGAAGUGAAAUACGCCCGUUCGAGACGUUGCUUUUCCAGACUGCAUGGGAAAGAAAAAUAAUAAAAAAUUGAAAAGAAAGCGAGCAAACGCGAUCGAAGAAAAGGGGAAAAGAGAGAGAGAGAGAGCGAAACUGCCGCGUCGAGUGACGAGGAGGAACGCAAACAGCACAAGGAGGAAAGCAGAAACGUUGGAAGGGCCGGGGAACGGAUGAACGACUGUGGAAUUUGCAGAACGGGUAAAUUAUUCGAAGCAGCGAAAACGAUGUGAAUACCAAGGGACUAUAGAGCCCUGGAAACGAUCGCCGUCGACGCGCGAUUGAACGAGAAAAUUGUCAACCUAUGUAUGUCUAUGCGCGUAUGUCUAUGUUCGUCCUAACGCCUUGAAUCUGCACUUGCAAUGUACCAGCAGCGCUCUCUUUCACGGACCCGAGUCCCAUCACCGGACUUUGCAGCACACAGGAAGCCCAAAGAGAACGAGACGAAAAGAGAGAAAGAGGGAGAGGGAGAAACGAGGCAACAAAGCGCGCGAGGACGAGAGAAGAAAAACAAUGGAAAAAUCUGUGAGUGAGAGCGAGAGAGAGAGAGAGACUAUUCUUAAAGUAAAAUUCAUUCGCCAUAAGCCGUUCGAUUCUUCGAUCUUCCCUUCAAACGCUUCGAUUCCCGAGAGAUUGAUGAGAGUAAGAAAAAUAUUGAAUGCGCCAAAUAAUCAGUAAAAUGGAAAAUAUGCAAUUUUCUGUGUAACUAGAAAAAUGAUAAAGAAGUAGCGUCCGUUAAUUCUUUAUUGUUGAAAUUUGUUUUUUUUUUCGAUUCGCAAUGCGAGUUUACCAGCUCGAUUUUCAUUUGCGAAGCACACGAACAAAUAUCCGGGAAAGUUGAGCUAAUGAAAAUGAUUGGAGAGGAGGAAGAAUGGAAGAAUUUUUCAUUCUACAAAAAAAUUUCAUUUUCAAAGAAAGCAUCCGCUGCACAGCUUUGCGAGCGGAGAUUCAAUAUUUCAGCCCCAACGAUUGCGGCAUGCUGGACAAUUGUUUAAAUUUUUUUAUCCAUUUGCGGGCGAUCGAAGAACGGAACGAGAAAGGAGAGAAAAAAUCGCUACUAAUAGAUAUCGCAUGCGGCUGUAAAUAAAAAUCGUUGAAGCGAGAAUUUGCGAUCACGCAUUUUCCAUUUUCGGACCACAUUUCUCGCGAAAAAAAUAAAACGAAAGAGAAGAAGAGAAUAUUUCGACGAGAGCACAAACUUUCAUCGGUAUGUCACCGAUGGAGCUCGCCUCUUUGACGACACAAAAGAAAUUUGAUCGGGGCAAUCGAGCGUCAAUAACAAUCUCACGGACGUUUCUAUCCGCGUGUCUGAAAUUUCUUUCUGGACAAGGGCUCUUCCAGAAUACGAAAUAAUGAGAAAUCAAAUGAAAACGUAAACACACACACAUAAUCGAUACACAAAAAGUGAAAAACAAUAAUGGAAAAUGAAAUAAUUAGGUGACUUUGCGAUGAACUAUACACAAUUAACGAAGUAAUGAAAGAAAAGAAACGAAUUAAAUGACAAAAGGAAUAAUAUAAAUCUGUAAAUAAUCCUACAAACUCCGUGUAAAUUCGAUUGACAUUGUACCUUAAGUUUAUUGUCUAGAUGACUUCAUAUCUGACACGUUCCAUAUCGUCUAAUAACUCGUAUGUAUAUAACAAUUAUGAUAACAACAAUAAUAUUAAAGUUUCGAUCCGAAUAAAUCAUUUAACUGUC